GCUUUUGGGGACACAAGAAGUGUCAACUCGGGCCUGAGCAUUUGGGAAUUUGUUGACUCCUCUCGGAUUGCAUCUCUUUGCUUCAAGGUGCUUUGAUAUUCCAGCCAGAAAUUUCGAAGCCGGUUGCCAUGACGCUAAUGAUACUACCGCUAGUGGGGGCCCUGUCCGUGUCGGAGGGUCUGGUGGCCGUGACCACGUUGUGUUUGGUCUACCUGUUGCUCAAGUCCAUGCGCGGCGACAUUCCCGAGGGGCUCCGAAGGCUCCCGGGGCCCAAGCCCCUCCCUAUCAUCGGCAACGUACUGCAAUUGGGGAAAAGGCCUUACCUGAGUCUUACCGCCAUGAGCCAGCGCUACGGCUCCGUCUUCAAGAUCCAGAUCGGCAUGCGUCCCGUGGUGGUGCUGAGCGGCGGCGAAACGGUGCGACAGGCGCUCAUCAAACAGGGAGAGGACUUCUCCGGGAGGCCCGACCUGUAUUCCUUCCGCUACAUCAACGACGGCGAGAGUUUGGCCUUCAGUACCGACCGAGCGGGUGUGUGGCGGGCUCGCCGGAAGUUGGCCUACAGCGCCUUGAGAUCUUUCGCAACUCUGGAUGGCACCUCGCCGCAGUACUCGUGCAUGCUGGAGGAGCACAUCUGCAAGGAGGGCGAGUAUCUGGUGAAGCAGCUGGAGAAGGUCAUGAAAGCCGACGGAAGCUUCGACCCCUUUCGGCAUAUCGUCGUCUCCGUGGCUAACGUCAUCUGCGGAAUGUGCUUCGGGCGCCGCUACGACCACGACGACCAAGAACUUCUGAGCCUGGUGAACCUGAGCGAUGAAUUCGGACAGGUGGUGGGCAGCGGCAAUCCCGCCGACUUCAUCCCGGCUCUUCAGUAUCUGCCCAGCGCCAGCAUGAGGGCGUUUGUGGACAUCAAUAACCGUUUCAACACCUUUGUCAGGAAGAUCGUGGUUGACCACUACGCCUCUUUCAACAAGGACAAUAUUCGGGAUAUCACCGACUCCCUCAUCGAUCACUGCGAGGACAGGAAGCUGGACGAGAAUUCUAACAUCCAGGUGUCGGAUAACAAGAUCGUAGGGAUCGUCAACGACCUCUUCGGAGCAGGGUUCGACACCAUCUCGACCGCCCUAUCCUGGUCCGUCAUGUACUUAGUGGCUUACCCGGAGAUUCAGGAGAGGCUUAAUCAGGAGCUGAAGAACAAAGUGGGACUUCAGCGCUCUCCCCUUUUAUCCGACAAAGCCAACCUGCCCCUCCUGGAGGCCUUCAUCUUGGAAAUCUUUCGUCACUCGUCAUUCCUGCCCUUUACCAUCCCUCACUGCACCACAAAGGACACGUCUCUGAACGGCUUCUUCAUUCCUAAAGACACCUGCGUCUUCAUCAAUCAAUGGCAAAUCAAUCACGACCCUGAGCUCUGGAAGGAUCCGACAUCCUUCAACCCGGAACGUUUCUUGAGUGACGACGGCACAGAGCUUAAUAAGCAAGAAGGCGAGAAGGUGAUGGUCUUCGGCCUGGGCAAGCGCCGCUGUAUCGGCGAGGUCAUCGCGCGGCAGGAAGUCUUCCUCUUCUUGGCUAUUAUCGUCCAGAGGCUGCAAUUCCACACCAUACCCGGCGAGCCCGUGGACAUGACGCCCGAGUAUGGCCUCACCAUGAAGCACAAACGCUGCCAUCUGAGAGCCACUCUGCGACCGCUUGACGUGCAGUGAAGACUACGAACAAUGUGCUGAGCUUGGAAAAUAAACAAGAACAAUAACUGUCACAAUUACGGACAAUGUGCAUUUCAGUUCAUAUUUCGAGACGUGUUUUCCAGACAAUAACGGAGGUUAGAUUCCCAUAUAAAUUUACGACAAGGCGAACUCGAGUAGCGAAUCACAAAUCAGCAACGGGACGCUCUACUUCCUUGACACCGAUUCACUGCUCUACUUUUCUUUGUAGCCAGAUUUUGGCAGCAUCUUUCGGCAUUUUUCAGAAAGAAAAACAUAUUUGGGUGAAUUUCGGAACUGCGAAUCACUAAUGGGUUUAAUGUAUUCCUCUCUCUGUGGUUCUGUUUAAGUCCCUCCUCCUGGCCCAGCAACACUGAUUGGUCGCCAUGCCACUUUGCAAUUCCGCAACUGUAAUAUAAGAAAGUGACUUUAAAGUAACAUUAUACUGUAUGUAGUAAUAUAUAUGGCAUUUUUGUGUAACAUUAUGGACGCAUGGCUCACAAACCAAGCCAGAGUGUCAGAAUGUAAUGUACAGGACAUCAAAUUGAAGUCAAGCAGCUAAUGAUGGUGUGAAGAUCAAUUUCUUACAAAUGUCCUUUUUGUGGUUUUGAGUCCCGCUGCUAUCCUGUGACUCGGAAUGAAAUACAUAUGAGCUUAUACUGUUUAGAUUUUAUAAUCCAAUAUAAUGUGGAUGUAAGGACACUGAAGCUAUAUUUGUAUCCUAAAAUGUGAUUUUGUGUUUUUAUCAAGUAUUUUGUAAAGUAAAUUUAUGUGCCUAAUAUAUCAUGCGUGUGUGAGUGUGUGCGUGAGUGAAUUUGAUUUGCCAGGAUACCAAAAAAUGUCUUUUUUUGGAAGACAACAGUAAGCUAGACAAUUUUGCAUCACUAUCAUUCUGAAGAUGUGAUGGCCGACAUAAUAAAAAUGUGCUCAACUCAA